GAAUUGGACUGUUUUAGGCAAAAUUGAAUGGAAUUCAGUAACAAUGCAGUUGAAGGUUUUUCCAGAGUUUAACCGGCGGCUAGUUAAAACUUUUAAGCCUCUUAUUCCGUCCGCAUUUCCUAAAGUGCCGGCUUAGGACCCAGAAUGAGUCGUGAGCGGACCGCCGAGCAGGGAACCGAGCACAGUCGUCGGCGUUAUGGCUUCGGACCCAGAAAAGAACAGACGGCGUAUGAAACAGCUUCUGGGGAAACCUGGGAAUGGAAACUGCGCCGACUGCGGAGCCGCAGACCCGGAGUGGGCAUCCUAUACCCUGGGCGUGUUUGUGUGUCACAGCUGCUCAGGCCUCCAUAGAAACAUCGCUCAGAUCAGCAAGGUGAAGUCUGUCCUGCUGGAUCCCUGGAGCUCCUCUGAGGUGGAGUUUAUGGACUCUGCGGGUAACAAUGCUGCCAAGGCCAAAUAUGAACAGAUAGUUCCUGCCUUUUACUAUCAUCCCAAACACAAAGACUGCACGCUCCUGCGGGAACAAUGGAUCCGAGCCAAGUACGAGAGAAAGGAGUUUUUGUGUGUGGAGAGGCAGGAGCCCUACUCGGCAGGAUACAGAGAAGGGUUUCUAUGGAAACGAGGUAGAGACAACGGACAGUACCUCAGCCGAAAGUUUAUUCUGUCCGAACGGGAGGGUGUUCUGAAGUACUUCAACAAGCAUGAUGCCAGAGAGCCCAAAGCAAUCAUGAAGAUCAAUACUGUGAAUGCCACUUUCCAGCCAACUAAAAUCGGCACUGCCCAUGGCCUGCAGAUAACCUAUCUGAAGGACAACAGCACUAGGAAUAUCUUUGUUUACCAUGAGGAUGGAAAGGAAAUGGUGGACUGGUUCAAUGCCAUCAGAGCAGCCAGGUUUCACUACCUGCAGGUGGCAUUUCCUGGGGCUCCCAUCUCUGAUUUGUUGCCAAAGCUAACCAGGAACUACAUAAAGGAGGGUUACAUGGAGAAGACUGGUCCAAAGCAUACAGAGGGAUUCAAGAAGAGGUGGUUUACGAUGGAUGACAGGAGGCUCAUGUACUUCAAAGAUCCACUGGAUGCCUAUGCACGAGGCGAGGUGUUCAUUGGUAGUAAGGAAAACAGCUACACUGUGCUUGCCGGCCUCCCUCCCAACAUUCAGGGCUACCACUGGCAGUUUGGAAUUACCAUAGUGACCCCAGACAGAAAGUUCCUUUUUGCAUGUGAGACUGAAGAGGAUCAGAAAAAUUGGAUGGCUGCAUUUCAGACUGUAAUUAACAGACCAAUGCUGCCUCAGGAGUAUGCAGUGGAGGCCUAUUUUAAGCACAAACCAUGACUGUCUUAGUGUUUUGAAGAAAUAUUGGUGUAGGAUGAGGAGCAAGAAGUGGAACUGGAAGAAGAAAAAGACCCAAGAUAGGUACAUGACAUCUGAUAACAGAAGCUCUCAUAAAAGGAAGGGUGACAGAGAAAAGGACCUAAAGGUGAGACAGCUUCGACCACAUUUACCACUCCCACAGUUACUCCUUUACUUUACCUGCCGUCCUGCUCAACUUCACUUACAUUAUGUGCAAGACUAAUUUCUUGAAGUCAGAAUCAUCAAGCUCAUGAAUGUUAGCCUAACUUACUUAUCUGUCAUGUGACGUGACUUACAUACUUGAAAGAGGUCAGUCAUCCUGACCUGAAUGUGCCGAAGUUAUGUAUGUAUGCCUUUUGUGCAGGAAUUAGAACUGCUGCUGCUCAGACGUGAAGAGAUGUCAAUGUGGUGUUCUCUGUUCUCAUAAUAAUACAAGUAUUUUCUUUGAUUUCGACCAAGUGUACAAACUGUGUUAUUCUGGCCAGUUAUAGACAGACUAAAAACAUAAUCUGAUGCAGGACUGUAAUGUCAGUAAGAAGAAAUAAUACAUAGUCUACAGAUACUCUCACACAUCCUCACUUUUAUUUCCAUGUAUGAGUACAAUGAUAUUUAUUUCUUGAUUUAUUUAUUUUAACUGUCUUAUUUGCUAUCUGCAGCUUUCAAUAUUAUGGUGCCAAGCACCGCAGGUACAAUAAGCUAUUUUUUUGCUUUUCGUACAUAUUCAAACGGCUGAAUGUAAACUGCUUUGUGUGAGGUUUAUUAUCGGCUUGCAUUCCUUUGUCUCAUUUUUGUAAAACUAUAUAAAAUAUUGGAUCGAAUUAA